AUGCACGCGUUGUUUAAAGUGCAAGAGGAGGGGAAUGGCGCUUCUAUUCCUUCGGACGAGGCGAUUGUCUUUUCCACAGACAACCCGAUCACCAUCGGUGAUAGCAAGACUGUCUAUUACGACCGCGAGCAGGCCCACAAUCCUCGUGUUGUUCUUACAAGAAAAGCAAUUUACUUCUUCUCUCAGCAGUCACCUGAGCAUAAUCUUUACAUGGACCUUAUAGACAUUGAAUCAUAUAAUGCGGGAGCUCCGCAAAAGAACGCUCUAACCAUUGAGAUAACUCCUACCUCUUCAGACAAGAACGACAGGUCAAACAAUAACCUGGUCACCACGGUUAGUGACCAGGUCAUUAAGAUAACGUUUGCAAACACGUCAAAGAAGCACCAGGCCGAUCUGCGAACGGCUAAGGAGGAUCACGACUUGCUAUUGGCGUCUUUGACGGGACUCUUGGAGGCUCGGCAAAUGACUGUUUCAGUAAUGAAUUUUGUGCCUCCAAAGCCAGUGCAGGAGCCAAAGCAAAUGCCCAUCGAGACUCUUGGAGAAUCUAACAAUAUAUCACCCAAAAUCAUCUGUGAUGAUCAAGAAGGCUCAUCGGUGAUACAAACAGGAGGUACUUUCGCAAGCUCUAGUAACGAUAUGCUUUCAGUGGCUAUAUUUGCUCCACGUGAGCAUAGUAUCUGCAAACAAAAAGGCCAGUCCGAAAAUCAAUUUCCUGGCUCUACUCAGCCUGUAAGUCAUCCGAUACUGGCACAACUAGAUCAUAAUUCUGUUCCUGAGCAGACUUCCCUCCUGUCUGCUCUUCUUCCAGAAGAUUGCCUGAAGGAGUUUUCUAAACCACUGACAGUCAGUCGACUAAGGGAGUCUAAUGACCUUCUUGUGUCCACGAAUAAGCUUAUGCUUUUGUUCCUGAAGGCGUCUAAUGAGAUUGAUUGCAAGAGCACGCCUGUGGUUUCAUCUGUACUUGAGAAAGAAGUUAAUGGCCUAAAAUCUACUGAAGCAAGCUCCCUUCAGACUCUUCUUCCAUCCGCAGAGGAGUUCUUCACCAAUGCUGACUAUAAAGAUUCACUGGAGGAGAUCAUAGGUAUUCCUCAUGUUACAAAUACCGCCCUGGUUGAGCUUAAGGGCAAGUCCCCAGCAUACAUUAUCUCCUCCUAUAUAGACAGAUACGUGUCGUCCUACAGUUCAAUGACGUCAAUUGAAGCUCCAAAUUUUCCGCUGCAAAUGUACAUUGCUGGAUUGCAGAACGUUAACAUUCCCCUAACUCUGUCCGCAUGCUCGCUAACCAUAGAGACAAUUACUAAGAGCCUUCCAUCUCUGCUACUAAAUUACAGUCUUACGUCUCCUUUUCACUCCGCAGCAAAGUUCAAGGUAAUCCCAGCCGAUGAGAUCUUUUCCCUCUUAAAUCAUGCCCGACCUGUGUACCCUGUUGCUGUGGACGCAUUCUAUAAAGCAGUAAAACUAGCGGAUGACGAGUGCAAGAAGGGCACAAGCGAAAAGAUCCCAUACCACCGGUUCCCGAUGUUUGUACCAUGGCGCAUCAAUGACACGUGGUAUUUCGUGGAAAAGGCGGUGCGUCUAACAAACGUAAUUCACUUCAUUGUAAUCAAUGUGCUCUACAAUGCAUGGACGAAGGUGAGGGCCGAAAACCCACAACCAAACAAGCCCCACCCUUAUGUGACUGCCGAUGAACUAACAGAACGAUUUGGCUUGGCUCCUGCAACCUCUUCAGACUUGCUUGACUUUAUGGUCAGGCAGCGUCUGCUAGUUGUCGAUGUACACACAUCAAAGCGUUAUUAUCUCAAUCUAAUUACUAAACACUACCGCUGCCUACAGGACAGUGCGUCAAAAAUCAGCAGAAUUACCGCAUAG